UGCAGCAGGCAACUUAAAACCCCCAGUGUUAGGGGAGAUUACGUAAAGUAAAGAAGUCUGUGUUUAUCCAUGUAUCUCUUGUGUUACAUAAUGAUUAAGUUGUUUAUCCUUGGAGUUCUUUGUCAAGUGACCACAACACUACGGCUCUUAGAUGUACAGGUUCCAACAGCAGUCAACAGUGAUGACCCCGUAUGGUUAAAUUGUACAUAUGAUUUAGAAUCUGAUGAGUUAUACUCUGUGAAAUGGUACAAAAAUAACGUUGAGUUCUACCGCUAUUUGCCAAGUGAUGAUCCUCCAGCACAGAAGUACAAGUUAUUAGGUGUCUAUGUAGAUCUGCUCCAGUCUAACCUGGGCCACGUGUUUCUGUCGCGUUCAGACUUGAAUACGGAUGGAACUUACCGAUGUGAAGUUUCUGCUGAAGCACCCUCUUUCCAGACUGAACGAGCAGAAAGAGAACUAAGAGUUUAUGUGUUACCUAAAGGAGGGCCUAAAAUAAUAGGGGCCAAAUCACAGUACUCAGCUGGGGACAAAGUUGAUAUCAAAUGUUUAGCAGCACCUUCUAAACCUCCUGCAGUUAUCAAAUGGUCUGUUAACGAUGACGAGGCUCCAAAAGUAUACCUUUAUCAGUUGGAAAACAUUCGACACAAAAAUGGCUUACAAGCUUCCCAAAAGGGUUUACGUUUCACCGUACAACCCUCCCACGUCUUGGACGGAAUCCUCAAACUACGAUGCACGGCUGUCAUUUCGCAAGCUUAUUCUAUGAGUAGCGAAGAAAUCAUUGUUGGAAACACUGUCCGGGCGUCUGGGUUGUAUUCCUCCGCUGAUGGUCCUACAAUUGACGGAGGUCUUUCCAAGUACCAAGUUGGUGAUUUGGUAAAUGUUAACUGCUCUUCGAACAAAUAUAGAAAACCUGCGACACUCACUUGGUUUAUCAACGACAAAAAGGCGCAACCAAUUUCCUUGAUGCACUACCCAGUUGCAGAGCAUGAAGGCGGAUUAAAAUCUUCAAUUUUAGGUUUGCGCUUUACUGUCAGAGGCCAUCAUUUCCACAAAGGAGAGAUGAGACUCAAAUGUACAGCUACAUUGUCGAAGGUUAUAAACACCACCAGUAAAGAGACAGUAAUUGGAGGUCAUCAACAAACGUCUGGACUUCACAUCUUUGAAACAUCCUCGGGAAAUAACAAUAACGACAAAUCAACCCAAUAUUCUUGGAGAAAUCUCUUAAAAACAGUCAUCAUUCUUUUUACGUUGCAGCUGUACAUACAAUGAAGGAAGAUGUUUAGAGGAACAGCGCCAUCUGUUGUGUGAAGUUUCUCAUUUAUUAUAAGCCUGUGAUCUUUAAACUUGAAAGUAAUAUUAAUCAGUUAUGUUUCAAAGACAAUUUAUACCUUUUGCAAGAAGUACUUUAGCAAUGAUAUGGUCAUCACAAUUAAUGAAUUUUGUUUUAGCUACUAUGUUCCAAAGUCAGAGUUCAGUUGAACGUUAAAAUGCCUCUUUGCAGCAAAUCUUAAUCUUUGGCUACCAUUCUUUCAACUGACAUAAACAAAUCCAUUACCGAAGAUGUUUCCGUAUCUAACUAGAGCAUCGCACCAAAAUAAUUGUUAUCUUUGCACAGACUAUUUUUUAUAUGAUCAGAACAUUAAAUAGCCAAAACGUUUUCACCAACAUUUUAGGCUGAUAUAAAUAAUGAACAUGCCAUAAAAAGUGAAAAGUGUAUAUUUUACAUGUCUGUAAAAAUACAAGCAGUAAUGCUGUGGCUGGCCAAAUAUAUGUUAAAUAUUCUGCAUCAAAUAACUUUGAUGGUCCAAGAUGUUUUCUUUGAAUUAAAUGGUUUCAUGAACAACUGGUCAUCCUGUUAAUCAUCCAAACAUUUAUUUAGCAUCCUGAUACACCUUUUGACCCUCAGAUCUUAAUAUUUCAUUAUUUUAUGUAUUUAGAUGAAACGUGUUGCGUGAUAGAAAGCCAUGUAAUUGAAACUGUGAGAAAAUAUAAAGUUUUAGAGAAUUCAUCUCUAAACACAGCGUAAGUAAACCAUCUCUAAACAACAAGAUAGUGCCAAUUGUUGCACAAAGUCAUGCAUUACAAUAGAUUCCAAGUGCUUUUUGACCCGGACCCGGCACACGAGCAAAAUAUGUCCCUAAUAUCAUUGUCUUGAAUGAUAAAACAGCAUCGCAUUUACAAUACUUUGUCAAUACUCAAAAUCUGAUUAAGAAAAACACAAAAACAACUAAAAGACUGCCGGGAAAUUAUAAACUUUUAACUGUCAAACAAAUUGAUAAAAGAAAAUAAUUUUGUAUUUUGUUUCAAAUAAUGACAGAUAAUUUUAUUAUCCUUUCGGGUUAGUUCCCCAGUGGAACAGCGCUAUGUCUAAGAACUUACAACACUUAAAUGCGGGGUUCGAUUACCUGCAAUGUAUCUGCAGAUAGCUCAAUGUGGCUUUGAUCUUAUAAAAAAACAAAGAAACCUUCAGAUUAUCCUAAUGUUCGAUAUUUGCUAAUAGUAGAGAACAAUAACUGUUCAGCGAAGUUUGUUUAUUCAUUAAAUUUAGUUCAUACGUAAAAACUUUCUUUCAACAUUCUGUUGCCUUGAGAAGAAUAGUUUGAAAUGUGCUUUUUCUAUUUUGUUUUACAGAGUUGUACAUGUAUUCAGAUUACACCGGAGCUAUAACAUACUGUUCUACGUCCUUAGUCUUAGACAGCAUUAUAGAUCUUCGUGAGUUAUUGGUGUUUUUGUGAAAAAUAAUAUAAAAACAAGAUGCGGGAAUUUAAGAACAAAAUUAAUCAUGAUAAGUAUGAGGAAUGUAGAGAAAUUUUAAAAGCCGAUAAGAUUGAUUAAAAUAUAAUACAUUUAUCAUAAUAAACUAUAUCUAUGUAAAUAUAGGUUUUGAAUGAAAAUAAUUCACAUUUGAACUGCAUCAAUAAGCUUUUUAGAAUUAAAAAAAUAUAUUUGGCUUCAAACGUAGAAAUGUCACUGCAUAAAAAUAAAUAUAUACGUAUAUAUACAUAUAUAAGCAUAUUUCAUAAGACGUUGAACGAACGUGUUUCAUGCAUUCAAUGUUUUGUUUUCCAAUGUUAUGCGACAUUAAAUUCAACUAAGCUUUCGGCAUUUCUGUUUUACCUAAUAUUCAUGUUAUAGUCAGCUUUUGACACUGAAUAUGUGUUGUAGAGUGAUACAGUCUGUUUUGAAUAAGCAAUAAGAUUUCAUGUUUAGAUAUUUACAUAGAUGAAAAUAAAGUAAUUGUAAUUACCGUUUUAUCGUAUGGAUUUUAUGGUUUGAUGAUGACAGUUUGUUUGACGGUUAUAUAAGUUGAAACUAUUAUGAUUUUCUCUGUUGUACGUGAUUUCAACUAUAACGAAUCAGACUCGUGAGACUUGCUUUCAAACUAUCCGUAUAACUCAGUCUUCACAGUGUUGUUUCUGAUUAAUGUAAUAGUAUGUAUGCAAAGAAUUAAUGUGAGUUCGUAAUGUUUAUUGUUAUAUGUUAGAAGUAUUUAUACAUCUCAAACUUCUAGUCAAUACCUGAUGUUCUAAUAACUUAUGUUAAUAAUCGUUUACAAAAUUCUUGAUAUCUAUGGAAAAUUAUGUACGUUAUACUGUGAUAAACUUGUUUCUUCACCUCCAUAAACUUAUUCAAUUCCCUGUAAAUGUGUUUGUCACUUUUAAAUUAUUCAAACAUAUGGUUCAAAUUCAGCCAAUAGGUUAUUUCCCUCUUUCAAGUUUUCUGUAUCUUUUUUUAAAUUUUUGUUCAAAAUAAAUAUCAUCAAUUAU